CUUGUACGCUUUGGGCAAGAAAUUGUAUUUUUUUUUUCCAUUUCCUCUUGUUGUAGACAUGGAAAGAAAGAGUUUCUCGAUUAGAAAAAAUGUUGAGGUGCAGUUUAUCAAAGAUAAACGUGCUGAGCAUGCUAAAAUAUCUAAAAUGCAGAAAGCUCUCUGCAAGAAAGCAAAUGAGCUUUCUAUUUUAUGUGGAAUUGAAAUCGCAAUAAUUAUUUUUUCAAUUGGAGGUCAACCAUUUUUAUUUGGUAACCCUGAUGUUGAAUCGGUUGUCCACCAAUUUUUGGAGGCCAACCAACCAACUGCAUCUCCAUCAAGCCGCUAUAUAAUGAAGAAAAGGAAGAAAGAAGAACGUCAGAACAAAGGAAAAGAUAUCGAUCAGUCAGAGGAUUUUAAGAUGACUGACUUGGAAAAUUUUGAGAAAUUAAACCAAGAGAUCGAGAAAUUUGAAGAUUAUUUGAUUAAGGAAAUUGUUGAGCAACAAUCUGCGACUGGUUCUGAAGAUCCAGAAGUUGUGCUUGAAAUGAAUGCAACUAGUUCUUUGACUUUGCCAUCUAAUUGGUUGAGUCUUUAAAUAGAAACUUCAAUAAAAUAAGAUCCAAAUAAAGUUCAUUUACUAUGUUUUUUCUUAACAAUGAAUAUCUUAAGGAAUGAACUUUUUCAAGUAGUAAA